CGUGCGGAUGCCAGUUGUUGGUUCUAAACUCAGCCUGUAGUCUCAACUGUCUCCGCACUUUGCAGGCUUAGCAGCAAGCGGUUGUUGAGAGAUUCUGCAGCUCGGGUGGACGCAGCAGGCGGCUUGCAAAGUGUCCGAGUUUGACACCUAGGCAACCACGACGGUCUACUCACGAGUGAGUGAAGAAACGCCUCUACACCCGCAUCUCUCUUCUUUCGGUUUGACAACAAUGGACGACAGCAAGGGAUUGUCUUCCCUCACCACCAAAGUGUCCGCCUCGUUUCCUCCUCAGCGAGCAAGCAAGAGUGUCGCCACGGUUCCUACCAGCUGCAGCACGCGCGAGAGCAAGGAACGACAACGUUUGCGCUACAUGAAAGCGGAAAGUCUAGCCGUGCGUUACGGCUACUACCACGGGCCACUCAUUCCUGUUGAUCUGCCGCGCGAGGAGAGAGAUCGGAAGGAGAAAGAGAGGGAAGAGACGACGUGCGUGCAAACACGAACACGGGCGAGUGCAUAUCAAGAUUUUCCGCAGGGUAGAGUGAAGAGAUCGGUUGUUGAUGAGGAGAACGGGGCAGCCGGAGUGAAGGCGACGGAUUUUGCGUUUGCUCUGAGGACCACGCCUCCUCAUACUCCGCCCACGUUGCUCAAGUUUACGCCUCGGAGCCGACGGUUGGGAAAGGUGCGAGUUCUGCUUCGAUUGGCAUCGAACAAUAACUAUCCUGUGCAUUUUCUCGAAGUUGGGAGCAAGAGAAAACAGGUUACACUAUCAGAUCCGGCUGCACCAAUCAGGAAUCAACUCAAGAACAAACACGUUCGGACGUCUCAGACGGUCUCAUCAAAAACGUUUAUGUUCGAUGCCGUUUUUCCUGACUAUGCAUCUCAGUCUGAAGUCUGUGGAUCGUCACUCAUUGAAGUGUUGCAUUCGGUGCUGAGUGGGUCUGAUGGUUGUGUUGUCAGUUAUGGUCAGGCUAGGCUUGGUAAGACUGAUACGAUGAUUGGAGGAGAUGAAUGUUUGGAUAUGUAUGGUGUCAUUCCGACUGGAAUUGUGUGGCUCUUCAAACUCAUUGAUCACCAACAGCAAAAAACGAAACGUCACUUUGCGGUGAGCGUGUCAGCACUCGAGGUGAACAGUCUGACUCAACGUGUAACCGAUCUUCUCAACGACGAGCAACUCGGAUCCACAACACAAGACCAAAGCAAACGGAACGUGGAAAGUCUCAAUCAGACCGUGUUGGCUGUUGUGUCACCGGAGGCUACUGCUUACUAUCUUGAUUGUGCGUUUCUGGCUUGGCAGAGAGUGAAGAUGGCAUCAAACAGUGAAGAAGAUGUCAUGCUAUCUAAACACAGUCACUUUUGUUUUACCAUUCACGUUUUACAGAAGACAAAAGACUCCAACGGAAAAUAUGUUUUUCUGAGCUCGCGACUGCAUUUGUGGGAUCUGGGCAGUUGUGAUCGAGUGCAGAACGUUGGCAUGUCUGGUGUGUCAUAUAAGUUGAGAGAAGGGCAAGGCAUCCAGUCUGUGUCAUCAUUGGGUGCUGUUCUGCUGGCAUUACUCAAUGGAGACAAACGUCUUCUACACAGAGAGAACAAACUAACUCAACUGCUUCAAGAGUCUGUCGGCAACAUGUCAUGUCGCACACAUCUCAUCGUCCACGUUUCCAGUCUCCCACAACAUUAUCACGACAACCUGUUGGUAUUACAAUUCGCCUCACGCAUUCGUAAGACACGCAAACGAGGCACGCGUUCGGACACGAGUUCAUCUGGUGGUGAUAGUUCAGUUGAAAGCUUCACUCAUCAUCAUCGUCAUCGCUGGCGACUUCUCUCUAGCAGAUCACAACACGUCAGUGCUAACAGUCAGUCGGACAGUUUGAGAGCCGAAGAGAAGUUGCUUCUCUCGCCUGCAUCUACAGCAACUUGUGAAUCGAGUUCGGUUUUCUUUACGAGCAACGAUUGUGGUGAGAUGGAGAGAUGUGAUGUGAAGCAGGAAUGCCAUACUAGAGGUGCGUCACACUUGAGACAUUACAGUCAAGAGCAUCCUGUGAAAGAUGAGGGCGCGGAGUUCCCAGUGUCACGAGAUAACAGGAAGUCUAUACUAAAUGCAGCCAGUUACAUGUCAGCUGGUCCAUCAAUCGAGGAGGUUAACGGCAAGAACUCGGGCACUUCGUCCAUCGAAGACAUACACAAGAGAGAAGCAAAGCCUCACACACUUGAUGCAACAACACAACCUGAAGAACGAGGAGAACCUGCAGGUCAGAGUGAUUCAGCUAUUCGCAGUCCGUCACCAGUCACACACACCAGUGCAGUUACGAUUGCUGAAAAACCGAUUCUCUCACCGGUCUACGAACCUCCUCAUUUUGCAUCGAGACAUCCUCGUCAUCAAGAGCUAACGGCGUACGUUAACGCUUUAUUGAAACACAAUCCUCAGCCGCCGUUGUUGUCGAGUGCGAACUCGAGGAGGAGAACGACAAGUUUGCGUUUACCUUCAGGCAGCAGCUGGACUUCAACUCCAUCCGACAGUUUUCGACAGCGAACAGUCAGCGAACGAGCUGAAAUUACAGCUGGCAGCAGCAGGUCAGCAGUUGGCACUAACACAUUCCGCAGCAAUCUCCACAAGUACCAGACGAUCGCCGGUUCUCGUGAUGGCAGCAUGUCUCACAUAAACUCGAGUGAUGUGAGUGGACUUGACUACGACUGUAGUGGGACGUGGAACGCUGACGUCACUGUUGGGUCGUUUGUUGGCUGUUGGAUCGAUGGAUGGUUUUGCAUCGACGUUUUUGCCUCCUACUGGAUCGCUGCAUUCUAUUGUACGUUCUACUGGAGAGGGAUCUUUUAGGAAAGAGUUUGGCCGUGAUUUGCCAUUGACUAGCAGUCUACCUUCUCAACGCUGCAAUCGUGUAAGUAAACUGGAGAGUGUCAGUUCGGUGAAGUCUGGGCAGAAUGUUCCAGCACCAUUUAACGUGCCUGCUGACCAACCACAA